AUGUAACUGCAACAUUUUCAUUCUUACAUUUCCCACAUUUUUCUUAACCAAUAUAAAUUAUAUUCAUUAUAAAAUAACAACCACGUAAUCAUGGCGCGUAGGUACCGUGACGCAGCUGCAAAAUUGCAACAAAAUGUCCAGAAACACUUGAAAGAAAUGAAGGAUCUUUCUUCCUCUGAAGAUGAGGAGCCCUUUGAAUCAAGUGUACUGGAAGGAGUAUUCCAAACAUAUUGGAGAGGAGGUGGCGACUCACAAUUGCUGAACCGCACCAAGAAUAUGCUGGAAGAAGCGAUCAGCGGUCGACCGGUCACUUGUCUUAUUUGUAUUGGUUCUAUCAAGCGAGCUGAUGCCAUCUGGGCAUGUGAAGACUGUCACUGCUAUUUUCACUUACUCUGUAUUCAAAAAUGGUCAAACGAUAGUAUAAGUUUAAGAAGCGAGGAAACCCACGGUCCUAUUUCUGUAUUUGUUCCCAAAAAAGUUGAGUGGUGUUGUCCGAAAUGUCGACACUCGUACAGCAAAGAAGAAAUACCGCGAAAAUACAGAUGUUUUUGUGGCAACACUGACAAUCCACCGCAACAUGCUUGGUUGAUUCCACAUUCAUGUGGAGAAGUUUGUGGCAAACGAUUAUCAUUGGGUGAAAACUGCAAGCAUAAAUGUUUGUUACUCUGCCACCCUGGACCCUGCCCGCCGUGUCCACAGACUGUUAACGGAGCAUGUUACUGUGAGAAGGAACGUAAGAGAGUCAGGUGUAGUGCAGCAAAAUGGUCCUGUAGUCAACGGUGCAAUAGAUCACUGCUUUGUAAUUCGCACAAGUGUGAAAAUAUCUGUCAUGAAAAUGAAUGCCCCCCAUGUAGUUACACAAGUGAGCAGGCAUGCCAGUGUGGCCGGGAAAAGACAAAAAGACCAUGCAACAGUCCAUUUUGGCAGUGCAAACGGACCUGCAGUAAGCCUUUCUCAUGCGGUUACCAUAAGUGUGACAAGGUAUGCCAUUCAGGCUCAUGCGGUACAUGCCCCUAUUCCGGUUUACGUUCCUGUCCCUGUGGAGCUGACCAGCGAUAUGUACAAUGUCCAGAUAUAAUGGAAACCUGUUUAGGCACAUGUAACAAGAAACAUGCGGACUGUGAACACAGUUGCCCUGAAAAGUGCCAUAAAGGUCCUUGCCCACCAUGCCAAGUGUUGAUACAGAAGAAAUGCCAAUGCAGUGCACACACUCGAUCAUUACCUUGUAGCAAAGACUAUAAGUGUGAUACAAAAUGCCGUGGCACCAGGCCCUGUGGCAAACACGCCUGUGCAAGAAAAUGUUGCAAUGGAAACUGCCCCCCAUGUGAAAAAGUAUGUGACAAACCAUUACAGUGUGGCCGACACAAAUGCACUAUGGUCUGCCACCAUGGGCCUUGUUACCCAUGUCCAAGAGAAUCGAAAAUAACCUGCAGAUGCAAGGAAACAUAUGUCACAGUUCCAUGUGGCAGGGAAAAGCAUAUAAAACCACCGAAAUGUCAUUUACCCUGCAAAUUUAAAUACAAAUGUGGACAUAUUGAUGAGAACAAACACUUUUGCCACUUUGGAGACUGUCCUCCCUGUAAAGCAAUAUGUUAUAAAUCUUAUCCUAACUGCACACAUAAGUGCAAAGCAACAUGCCAUGCAUUUGUGGCUGUUGUGUUCAAACAAGUGGAGAAACCUGCUACACCUUGGGAAAUAGAGCCACCAAAGACCAAAAUUCUUAACCUAGACUGUCCCCCCUGUGAUACACCUGUCCCUGUCAUAUGCUUUGGUGAACAUGAGACAGAAGAACAGCCUUGUCAUUCUGCUAAACGUCGAUGUUGCGGCCGUGAAUGUAAAAAGCCAUUGUCUUGUGGUAAUCACUCUUGUGCAUUACUCUGUCAUUUAUACUCUACCAAUUCGGAGUAUCCAAAUGUGCCUUAUAAUUGUAAGCAAUGUGAACAAGAAUGUAUCAUGAACCGUCCAAAGAAGUGCACACACAAGUGUGCUAUUCGUCGAUGCCAUCCAGGACCUUGUCCUCCUUGUGAUGUAUUAGAAAGAGUUCCUUGCAAUUGUGGAUUGACUGAACUAUACUUACGUUGCCGAGAGCUGUCCGUUGCAACUGAUGAGACAUUAUCUUGUAACCAGCAGUGCCCCAAGAACUUGGAAUGUGGACAUCGCUGUCGCAAUACCUGUCAUGUUGGUAAAUGUUCACAAGCACAGAUUUGCACCAAGAAAACCAAGGUGCACUGUUCUUGUGGGAAUUUAAGGAAGGAAUUCCCUUGUAACAUUGUGAAGAAUGGAGAAGCGAAAGUUCAGUGUGACAAAUCCUGUGAAGAGAAAAAGAGAGUUAUAAAACUAGAAGCAGAGAAAGAAGCACGAAGACUGAAAGAGUUGGAAGAAGAACGAAAUCGCAAGGAACUAGCUGAGUAUGAGUGGAAAUUGAGUGGUAAGAAGAAGAAAUAUAAGGAAAAGAAAAUUGUUGCUACCAAAGAUGAUAGAAAUUGGUUACAAAAGUACUGGAUUCCUAUUUUAUCACUCUUAAUUGGUCUUCUAGUGUUAACUGGUGCACUAUGGGGUUGCACGAACCCCUUCAUCAGGCAGGGCACGAAAGGUCUGCGGGAUGUCAAAGCGAAGACUAAGUGGGGACAAGCCUACGCUGAGGUAUCUCACCUGCUGAGGAAUUGGAAAUACAUACUCCCAUGGGUGGUCAACCAGAGUGGGUCGCUAGCUUACCUGGCGGCGGUACAGCGCGCGCCUCUAUCAGUUGCAGUGCCAGUCGCCAAUGGUCUGGCUUUUGCCUUCACGGCAGUGUUUGGAGCGGCUGUAGGGGCCGAGGAACCAUUGGACAAAGGUUCGAUUCUCGGCGUUGCCCUCAUCGUGGCCGGUACUGCGCUCUGCUGUUUAGAUAAGACAGUUUAGUGGAAAAUAUAGUGUUAAUUUCAAUAAAUUUACUAUUUGAUCCAUUUCUACCAAAUGAAUAGGAGGGAAAUUAAAUGAAUAUCACUUAAUUAUUUAUGACAUUUUCUUUCCCUUAUGUUACAAUUUCUGUGGUCUUGGUUUAGCACACCAUCUUACUUCCGCUGCUAAGUUUCAUUUGAAUCGGUCCAACAAUUUUGGAGAUUAGCCCAUACAAACAGACAGAGAACAAAAAUUUUUAAGAAAAAUCUGGUUUUACUAUUUCACUUCUAACAUCCCCCUGGUUCAGUUUUUGGCGGUUUUGUUUCUAUGUACAGACAGUCGACCUACAGUUUUACUAUAUACUACGCGACUUCGUCCGCGUGGAAUUUAGCUUUAUAUUUCUAAUAUAAAAGAAUUUCUCUAAAAUAAAAGUAGCUUAAGUUACUCCUUACUACAUCAGCUACAUGCCAAUAAAAGUUCCGUCAAAAUCGGUCCAGCCAUUCAGAGAUUAUCCGGAACAGACAGACAGACAAAAAUUGUAAAAAAUGUUACUUUAGUGUAUGUACCAUAUUUAUAUUCUUAUACAUGUAGUAAAAAAGGUUAUUUCAAUAUUACAA